AUGGGCUGCAUCGCAUUACAUAAGCGAGUCAUCAUAUGUGGUCAGCCCCGUGGUUUCGAUGGCCUUCCUGAAACUUCACUGAACCCACGGCUUAAUGCAUACUCGAUCCACGGGAGGGUGUACGACGUGCAGGAGAAAUCUCCUAUCAAUAUUUUCCUGCCUUCUCUGCCACUCGAACCUUCCCUUCCACACAAGGAUAAAACCAAGCACCCUGUAGUUCCUUCACAGACUCUGGCUACCACCAAAGACCAAGCAAACGAUAGCAACGCAGAACAAAAUCACGAAAAUAUUGCUACGUAUACCCAACAACUGAAAGAGUCGGAUUCUUCCCAACGAGGCGAUGCUCACACCACCGACAGUUUGGACAGUGUUCCUCGAGCAUACAUCGAACAGAUUGACGAUUCCUCGCCUAAUGCUCACUCCAACCCUACUUCAUCAGAGUACCUAUCAAGCCCACCCUCUCAUAACUCGUCUCAACGUCGUCCCUCAGCGUCUAUAACCUUGAGUGAUCAAUCGUUCCGCUGGCCCUCAGAACGCGCCUCCGAAAGAAAUCCUGCCGAAGACUAUUACAUUCCCGCCGAUUAUAUCAAAAGGGCCCAAUUGGCCUUCUCCUGA